AUGGACGGCGACGAGCUUAUUGCGUCGGUCUACCGCAAGAUCGAGCGGGAAAAGGCCCUCAUCGCCGCCGCCAGUAACAUGCGGCAGUCGACCGACAACCCCCUCGUCCAGCAGCGAGUCGACUCCAACAUCCGCGAUGGCCGCAAAAAUAUCGCCUACCUUGAGGAGAAAAUGCGAGAGCUACAGAUUCGUCAUAUGGGACAGCAAGGUGGUGGCUCCCCAAGCGACCAGCGUCAGGGUUCGGGGCCUUCACCCCCUCCCAAAGACUCCUCUGGACACUUCGCAAGCGAUGGUGAUAGUCACUACCCUCAGAGUGGCGCAGGCAUUAUGCCAACAGGCGCCCCAUUCGCCGAUCCUCGGCCAUAUGCCCAAGUCCCGAAGGCGCGCCCCAAUUAUACAAAGCUAGAUCUUAUCAAGUAUGAUACCCAAUACCUCGGACCCAAGAUCCAACUCAUGCUGUCCCAACUUGAGUUCAAGUUGAGUGUGGAGAAACAAUACAAGGCAGGAAUUGAGAAGAUGGUCCGCUUGUAUCAGGAUGAGGGUGAUCGAAAGAGCCGCGCGGAUGCCGAAGGCCGUCGCAUUGAAAGUAAUCAGAAGAUCCAGCUGCUGAAGCAGGCUCUGAAGCGAUACGAGGAUCUCCACAUCGACAUUGAGUCCUCUGAUGCUGCAGAUGAUGAGAGUCUGAGCGCCCCUAACAUGCGCAAACCGUUGACCGGUCUUCUAACUAUGCGCAUUCACGCUGUGAAAGAUGUGGAUCACGCCACCAGUUCUCGAUUCUCUCGCGGACCCGAGACUUAUGUCAUUGUCAAGGUGGAAGAUGCGGUCAAAGCAAGAACAAAGGCAACCCGAAACGAUAAAUGGCUGGACGAGGCGUUUUCCAUUGAUAUUGAUAAAGCGAAUGAAAUAGAGCUUACGGUUUAUGACAAGUCUGGAGACCGCCCGACUCCCAUUGGUAUGUUGUGGGUGCGCAUCUCCGAUAUUGCAGAGGAGAUGCGUCGCAAGAAGAUCGAGACAGAACUCAACGCCUCCGGGUGGGUUUCUGCCGACAAGAUGGGCGAUUCGGGUACCCCUCGAUCUGAUCAUCAUACCGGCUCACCAGGCUCAUCCCACGGCGGCAGCGGCUUUCAAGGGAUGGCUCCCCCGAUGGGACAGCAGCCUGGAGAAACCUCCAAUACACCCCCCAGCGUGAUGAUCGAUUCCUGGUUCGCUUUGGAGCCCUUUGGCAGUAUUCAUCUCUCAAUGAGCUUUGCCAAGCAACUUAAGGACCGUCGCCCCUUCGAUAUCGGUCUCAACCGUCAAGGUGCCGUGCGUCAAAAGAAAGAUGACGUUCAUGAGAAACAGGGCCACAAGUUCGUCACCCAGCAGUUCUACAACAUCAUGCGCUGUGCGCUAUGUGGAGAAUUCCUCAAGUAUGCCGCUGGCAUGCAGUGCUCGGAUUGCAAGUACACCUGCCACAAAAAGUGCUACCCGAAGGUUGUCACCAAGUGUAUCAGCAAGGCCAACUAUGAAACCGACCCCGACGAGGAGAAGAUUAACCAUCGCAUUCCUCACCGUUUCGAAGGAUUCUCCAACAUUUCGGCGAACUGGUGUUGCCACUGUGGCUAUCUGCUUCCCUUUGGACGGAAGAACGCGAAGCGUUGUAACGAAUGUGGCCUUACCUCCCACGCGCACUGCACUCAUCUGGUCCCUGAUUUCUGCGGCAUGUCGAUGGAGGCAGCAAACCAAAUUCUAGAGACCUUGAUUCGCACAAAGAAUCACAACAAGUCAACCUCUGUCAGUAGCGGCCUCAAGCAAACUCUUCGGCCUGGCGGUCCACCUACCCAAGACCACGCCGGCCUUUCAUACCCCCAGAAACCCACCAAUAGCCCUUAUGGAGCAAUCCCCCGACAACCCUCAUCGGAAGCGGUCAGCGCGGCGACUAACUCCUUUAUGACACCACAGUCACCGACGGCACUUCCACAAGCUGCCCAGCGCCAACCAAUUCCACCAAAAUCACCCACAACGUCCCCUGCUGCUGCCGCGGCAGCUGCCGCUGCCGCUGCAACCGGGAUGCGCAAUCCUCAGCAGACUACAACUGAAAUGAGCCGGCCUCCUGUGGCACCUCAGCAACCUCCUCCUCCUCAACAUGCCCCUUACAACCCGGGUGAUUAUGCUAAUAUCCCUCAAAAGGCCCAGCCCCAGCCUCACCAAAUGCCGAACAUGGCUGCACCUUCGGGCUAUGGAAUGCCACCUCCCCAGCAGCCUAUGCAGCCUACGCAGCCUAUGCAGCCUAUGCAGCCUAUGCAACCAAUGCCACCGCAGCCAGUGGCGCCAGUGGCAAAGGCGGAGGAGAUGGCUCCCCCUCAGCCUAAGUCUCGUAUUGGAUUGGACCACUUCAACUUCCUUGCAGUUCUCGGAAAAGGUAACUUUGGUAAGGUCAUGCUGGCCGAAACCAAAAACACACGGAAGUUGUAUGCCAUCAAGGUGUUGAAGAAGGAGUUCAUCAUCGAAAACGAUGAAGUGGAAAGCACCAAGUCUGAGAAGCGAGUAUUCUUGAUCGCUAACAAGGAACGGCACCCAUUCUUGUUGACCCUCCACGCCUGUUUCCAGACGGAAACCCGUGUGUAUUUCGUCAUGGAAUAUAUCAGUGGUGGUGAUCUGAUGCUACACAUUCAGCGCGGCCAAUUUGGCCUGAAGCGGGCACAGUUCUAUGCCGCCGAAGUCUGCUUGGCACUCAAGUAUUUCCAUGAGAAUGGCGUUAUUUACCGUGAUCUGAAGCUUGACAAUAUUCUUUUGACUCUUGAUGGCCACAUUAAGAUUGCUGAUUACGGUCUCUGCAAGGAGAACAUGUGGUAUGGGUGCACAACCAGCACCUUCUGUGGUACCCCUGAAUUCAUGGCUCCUGAGAUCUUGCUGGACAAGAAGUAUGGACGGGCUGUUGACUGGUGGGCAUUCGGUGUUCUGAUCUACCAAAUGCUUCUCCAGCAGUCUCCUUUCCGUGGUGAGGAUGAAGAUGAAAUCUACGAUGCUAUUCUUGCAGAUGAACCUCUUUACCCCAUCCACAUGCCUCGUGACUCGGUUUCCAUUCUGCAGAAGCUCUUGACCCGCGAGCCUGAGCUUCGACUGGGCUCUGGCCCCACCGAUGCCCAGGAGGUGAUGUCACAUGCCUUCUUCCGCAACAUUAACUGGGAUGACAUUUACCACAAGCGUGUUCCUCCACCAUUCAUCCCCAGCAUUAGCAGUCCUACCGAUACAAGCAACUUCGAUCAGGAGUUCACCAGUGUGACUCCUGUCUUGACCCCCGUUCAAUCUGUGCUCUCUCAAGCCAUGCAGGAAGAAUUCCGCGGCUUCUCAUACACCGCCGAUUUUGCUUGA